CGCUGUCCUCCUCCGUGUAGGUGCUGAAACGCUUCCACCGACUCAAUCCCCAAGCAGCCAUGGCCGAAAUAAAGACGGGCAUUUUCGCCAAAAACGUCCAGAAGAAGCUCAAUCGUGCUCAGGAAAAGGUUCUGCAGAAGUUGGGGAAGGCUGAUGAGACAAAAGAUGAGCAGUUUGAACAGUGUGUUCAGAACUUCAAGAGACAGGAAUCUGAGGGUUCAAGGCUACAGAGGGAGAUGAGGGCUUAUAUAGCAGCUGUGAAAGGAAUGCAGCAGGCCUCCAUGAAUCUGACCGAAUCUCUUCACGAAGUCUAUGAGCCUGACUGGCACGGCAAGGACGAUGUGAUAUCUAUUGCAAAGAGUUGUGAUGUAUUAUGGGAAGACUUCCAUCAAAAACUGGUGGACUCCACAAUCUUAGCUCUGGAUGCAUAUUUGAUCCAGUUCCCUGAUAUCAAGAUUCGUGUAGCGAAACGGAGCAGAAAGUUAAUUGACUACGACAGUGCGAGGCACCAUCUUGAGACCCUGCAGACUUCUGCCAUUAAGAACGAAAAAAAGAUUGCAAAGGCAGAAGAGGACUUGAAAAAGGCACAGAAGGUGUUUGAUGAUCUGAAUGUGGACCUGCAGGAUGAGCUGCCCAGUCUGUGGGACAGUCGAGUGGGCUUUUAUGUGAACACCUUCAAGAGUGUCAGCAGCCUGGAAGCCAAAUUUCACAGGGAAAUAUCAGUGUUCUGUCACAAGCUGUAUGAGGUGAUGAACAAGCUUGCGGAGCAACACCCAGACAAAAUGUUCACCAUUCAAGGAGCACCCAGUGACUCAGGCCCACUGCGCUUGGCUAGGACCCCAACACCUCCUGAGGAUGAGAGUCCAGAGAUCAGCCCUGUUGCCACCCCCAACCACACACUGAGACCUACUUCACCUGGCCCUCCACGGCCCAAAUCUCCCUCACAGCUCAAGAUGGGACCGCCAAAGCCGCCUCCUCCCAAAGUCACUCCAACCAAGGAAAUUCCACAAGAGCAAAUCAUCAACCUAUUUGAUGGAGGCUUUCCUGAGAUCAGUGUCACCUCACCACAGCUAAAUGAGAAUCCCACAGAAUCUCUCUUGGACUUGGACUUUGACCCAUUCAAACCAGACAGCAAUACAACUAUCGGUCAAACUGCAGCUCAGGCACUAUCAUGGGACCUUUGGACGACAAAUACUGAGGCCCAGCCUGCUUCAGAUGCUGGCUUCAAUGACAACUGGACGGCUGACUUUGGUUCUGCAGCUCAGGAUGUGGGGGAUGCUCAGCCUGCAACAGAUGGGCAAGGAUGGCCUCCUGCAGAAGGAUGGCCCACAGAUACAGUGCCCCAAGGAGAAGCCACAGGCGAGGUUAGAAGGGAUGCAAAGUAUGACCCAGAGCCAAAUCCCGACUAUGAAGAGUGUGCUUUGAAGAGUGGCAAGAUAGAUCCUCCAUUUAAUCAGCAGCUUGUUCAGGAGGGUACUGAAGAAGGGUGGGAAUCAGAGCAAUCAUGCUCAGAUACACUACACUCUGAGUGCACAGGGGAUGAGGAAGGAUGGACCACAGAAACGAAAACCAAAGGUUUAGAUGAGAGUCUAGCUGGAAAGUCCAUGCCAGGGAUUAUAUUCACAAAUGAAUUUGGCCAAGAAAUAGCAGAGGCCACAGGAGGAUGUGGGCAGGGAUUAUACACAGAAGAAGAAGAAAAUAACCCUAAGUGGUACUUAACAGGUCAGGGAGAUGUGGAUGGGUCAGGGUCUGAAUAUGAGACAGCUGAGGAGUGGGCAGAUGCUUCAGGUCAGAAUAGUGGAUGGAUCAGUGCUGAUGAUGAGCUUGAAUCUGCAGAGAAUGAGGGACCAAUAAAAGAGCACAAUGUCACCGGCAGCAAUUUAAAUAAAGAGAACUUUGUGGAUGAUAUUGAGUCAUCCUUCAUGGAACAGAGCACCAUAGAUGCUGCAAGCUUUAUAGGCCAUUCGGUUAUAACUAAUUGUGACAGGCUGGCAAUGACAGAAUUAACUAAGCCUAGUGAUGGAACAGAGCUUGGACAUCACAGUUCAACUAAUUAUGUAAGCACAGCAGAUCUUACUCAUAGCAACAAGCAGAAUGAGAGAAUAGACAAUUCAGCUUCAAAACUUUUCAAAUCCAAAUUUUACUCUGAACCACAUUACAGAGCAGGGUGUGACCCCUUUAGUUCAGGGCCUGAUCUUUUUGCUGCAUCAGAGGAGGAUCCAUUUGGCACUAGCAAUGACUCAUUUGCCCACUCAGACAAGGGUUGGUUGUGUCAAGAAAACUGUCAGAUGUCUGAGAAAUUUGCCAAUGACUCUUUUGCUAUGCCCAGAGAUGUUUUUGGUUCUAAAUGUCAGAAUACAAAUGGUCAAGCAAUUGGUUUUGAAUCAUAUUCUUUUGAAGAAGGAUAUGUCUUGGCUACUGAAAUCACAUCAAACUUUUCUCCCAGUGAAACUAAUCAGGAACAUUUUGCCAGAGAGACUAGCUCUUCUUUUGAAGGUAAAACUGACCAUGAUCCUUUUGCCAAGGAAAAUGAACAGGAUCCUUUUGCCAGUGAGACUCUCCAGGACCCUUUUGACAGUGAAACUAAUCGGGAUCCCUUCGCCAGUGAGAAUAAUCAAGAUUCUUUCACCAGCGAGGCUCUUAUUGCCAGUAAAACUGACCAGGAUCAUUUUGCCAUUGAGACUAACAAGGAUAAUUUUGACAUUGAAAUUGACAAAGGCCCUUUUGCCACGAAGACUAACCAGGAUUCCUCUGACAGUGAGCCUGUUCAGAAUCUCUUUGCCAGUGAAACUAAUUGGGAUCCCUUUGCCAGUAAAAAUGGUCAAGAUACUUUCUUCAGUGAAACUAACCAGGAUCCUUUUGACAGUGAGACUAACCAGGAUCCUUUUGUCAGUGAGACUAACCAGGAUCCUUUUGCCAGUGAGACCAGUGAGACUAACCAGGAUCCUUUUGCCUCUGAGACUAUCCAGGAUCCUUUUACUAGUGAAACUAAUUGGGAUCCUUUUGCCAGUCGAAAUAAUCAACAUCUCUUCCCCAGCAAGACUAAACAGGAUUAUUUUGACAGUGAAACUGACAAAGAUCCUUUCCCCAGUGAGAAUAACCAGGAUCCUUUUGUCAGUGAGACUAACCAGGAUCCUUUUGCCACUGAGACUAUCCAGGAUCCUUUUACUAGUGAAACUAAUUGGGAUCCUUUUGCCAGUCGAAAUAAUCAACAUCUCUUCCCCAGUAAGACUAAACAGGAUUAUUUGGACAGUGAAACUGACAAAGAUCCUUUCGCCAGUGAGAAUAACCAGGAUCCUUUUGCCAGUGAGACUAACCAGGAUCCUUUUGCCAGUGCGACUAACCAGGAUCCUUUUUCCAGUGAGACCAGUGAGACUAACCAGGAUCCUUUUGCCAGUGAGACUAUCCAGGAUCCUUUUGCCAGUGAGACUAACCAGGAUCCUUUUUCCAGUGAGACCAGUGAGACUAACCAGGAUCCUUUUGCCAAUGAGACUAUCCAGGAUCCUUUUUCCAGUGAGACCAGUGAGACUAACCAGGAUCCUUUUGCCACUGAGACUAUCCAGGAUCCUUUUACUAGUGAAACAAAUUGGGAUCCUUUUGCCAGUCGAAAUAAUCAACAUCUCUUCACCAGUAAGACUAAACAGGAUCAUUUGGGCAGUGAAACUGACAAAGAUCCUUUCACCAGUGACAAUAACCCGGAUUCUUUUACCACUAAAGCUAACCAGGAUACUGUUGUUAGUGAGACUAACCCGGACCUGUUUUUUGGCCAAACUAAUCAUGACCCUUUUGCUAGUGAAACUAAACAGGAUAUUUUUGCCAAUGAAACUGACCAGGAUCCUUUUGCCAGUGAGACUAAUUGGGAUCCCUUUGGUAGUGAGAAUGAUAAUGAUCCAUUUACUUAUGAGAGUAACUUGGAUCCAUUUUCUAAUGAGAACCAGGAUCCUUUUGCUAGUGACAAACAGGACCCUUUUGCAAGUGAGACCAACCAGUAUCCUUUUGACAGUAAAACUAACCAUGAUGUGUGUGCUAAUGAGAUUAACCAGGAUUGUUUUUCUAGUGAGACUAACCAGGACCUUUUUGUUAGUGGCACUAAUCAGAUCACCAUUAUUAAAGAGUCAACACAAGAACCACUGGCCAGUGAAGGCAACCAGGGAUGGGCAGAGAUCUGGGAGUCCACAAUGAUUGGGCAAGCAAGUUGGGAAGUUGACUUUUCAACCAAGAAUAGGUCUGCCCAGUGGGCUGCCUUUCCUUCACCAACUGCUGAAUUAGAAAGUUCCAGUAAAGAUGGACGGCAGGAGAUGGACGACACUGGUGGCUCCUUCCCGUCUGAUGUACAAGGUGACAUCAUUAAAAGCUGGCCUGGAGACAGUGGCCCGAAUCAAGAUACAUAUAAUACCUGUUAUGGUCAAAACAACAUUCCUUGUCCAAAGAAUGCAGCCAUGGAAAAGACAGCCAGUGUUAAAGAACCAGAGAACUCUGAUCUGUCUGAAGAUGAGGUUGCAAAUCGAAGAUACGGAAAGUUGUACCAAGAAAUAGAUGCGGAGAAGGAUGAGGUACCCGAAUUCCUCUUUAUUUUAGUGUAGCAUGAACUGGUCACAAUAAGAAGCUCUUUUCCUGCCUGCCUGCAGAUGAAGCAAUACAGUAGUUUCCUGCUACAACCCCUUCAGACCCCCAUAAUCCCUCACAGUCUACAGAUCCUGGUCCUUCCUGUUUCUCCUCUGCUUGCAUCUGAUGUGUUGUUUUUAAUAGUAUUCCUACUCCCAUUACAAAUACAUGGCAAGUGU